AUGUCUGAGAUUGAAUCUCGGGACAUACUUAACUUAUACAACACUACAGAUUUGGGUUCUGAUCAUCGUGAUGAUGUGAAGUUCUUGUCUACAGACCCAGAACUUAAUAGACUCUUUAAAAUAGUGGUGAAUGUGAUCAUGAACAACAAUAAUAUUGUUGAUAUGAGCCAAGUUGCUCAAGUCCUAUGGGAUUCCUACGUCAAGGUGCAACACGUUGUGAAUUAUCAAGUAUUAAACUUUGUAUUUCAUGAACGAAAACUAGCUUUAUUCAAUCGUUUCUUCUUGCAACCUGAUCUGAAUGGAUGGAGAUUACUUCCUUCGGAAUAUGAUCAAGUUUCUUCAAUCGUACUUUCUGCCUAUUCGUUCCUUCCCUUUGGCAUUGUACAACCAGUUGCCGUUAAGCACGAAGUACAAUCUGAUACUCCUCCGGUUUCGGCAAUAUCCACUACGUCAAUGCUAUCAUUAAGUAGACCUGAUAGAGGAGAAUUGAUAGCAAGGUUACGGGAAUUGGUGCCUAUAUUAAAGGAUUACAACAUCAUUAUUCUGGAAUCAUUUCCAUCUGUUCUUAAAUAUUAUUUUGAUUUGGUUUAUGAACAAGUGUUUGAAUGGCUACUUGUGGAUGACUAUAAAUAUAUCACGGAUCUUCUUCGAGUUGUCAAUCAAAUUGUUGAUUUCAACAAUGAAGACACUUCCACAGCCAUACCUAAAGAUGACAUUCUUGUGUUGGUGAAAGAAUUGGUGGGUUUACAGAAGAUGCUUAUGAUGUGGGAUCCUCCUGAUACCAGGUCUACAAUCACUAUGAGACUUGCAAGAUAUGAAUGGUUCAAAUCAACUCAAUGUCGAGAAAAGUUCUUCAAAACAUGGAAUAAUUCCUUACUUAAGGUUUGCAAUCUCGAUAUUCUAUGUACUGAAGAGUUUAUGACCCGAUUGAAAGUGGCUAAACUCCGAUACUGGCUUGGGGUUUGGUAUGGGAAAACCAUACGAUUUGACCGGCUUUCAUUGGAAGUCCGAGGCUAUUAUCAACAGAAAUUGCUUGUGCGUUACUUUGUGGGCAGAGUCAUUGGUAAAGUAGAAGAGUUGGUCCUUAAGGAUGAAGUAGCUGACAACUUUCGAUUGAAGAAAUAUAUGAAACGAUGGAGAACCCGAAUAAACAGCAUCAAUGACAAGGAAAAUAACGCCAUAGCCACUUUCAACUUCCAUUUGAUGCAGAAAUACUUUGAUAUAAUCUAUGUUAAGGCCUCCCAGACUCAAAAGAAGCUGCAAUUGUUAAGAGAAAAGGAACAGGCUUUCACUGUCAGGUACUAUAAAGAAUUAAAGGAUAAAGCUCUCAAGUUAUGGUUGGCUAAAUUGGCAAGUAAUAUUGUACCGGAGACGGAAGAUCCCUCUUGCAUUGGUAAGAAACUAUCACAAUUAACCAUAACUGAGAGUAACUAUAUCUUAAACAAGUUUUGGUAUGCAUGGAAACAACAGCAUUCACUCCAUAGAAGCUACAGCACAGUGGUUCGACUGCGUGAAGCUAGUAUUUUGAGGUAUGCAUUUUCUCUCUGGCAUUUGAAGUCAAGUAUGGUGCGUGAAAGUGAAACGUUCCGGUUCCACCAGGAUUUGGCAUCAGCAAAGUUUGCGUUGAAGUACUGGAAGCAACAGAAAGACUUGCGAGUCAUGGCCAGAGGGUUUUAUGAGAAGAAAUCCCGAAGCAAAUGGUUUAAAAUCUGGGAAAAGUCCCAUAUAAUGAGCGAUAAGAAGCGUACGUUUCAACUGGAGCUUGAAACGGCCAGGCUAGUCCAAGUAUUUAAGAUGUGGAGACUUGAAAUGAAGCUUCAGGUGCAGUUGAAGAGUACUAGAAACAGCCAAAAUUAUUGGUUAAAGCUUUGGAAGGCCAAAUUAUAUGAGAUUCAAUUACAGAAAGAAAAGGCCAACAGCAUAUACAAUGCUAAGAUUAUUACAUUUAGCACGAACUUAUGGCACUCCAAGGAAAGGAAACUACAGAUAUUGGCUUCCACAGCUGAUAAUAUUGUUAAAAGAAGGGUGCUAUUGAGGCUACAAACUAAAAUAUCAAACCUAAAAGAAGUUGAAGCUCUUGUACGAGGGUCUAGUUCUCGAGAUUAUGAUCUGUGGAUGACUUUGAAGUGUUGUUUCGUCAUUUGGUAUCAAAAAUACCUUAAGAAUCGUGAAAGAAUGGCCGAGUUCAAAAUCAGACAGUUUGACGUUGAGUAUGUUGUGCCCAACUUGCUACGUAAGACACUCACUACGUGGGUGGGACGAUAUAAUGAUAGUUUGCGAACCAAAGAGCAUUUGAAUGCCAUUUGCAACAAUUAUUUAUCUUCACAUCCCAUGAGAAGGGACUACUUUGAGAAAUGGCUUUCAUUGAUGGUAGUUAAUGCUGAAUUUAAUGAUAAAGCACUUGAGUUUGAAAAGGUGGUUGUUCUCAGAAGAUUCUUAUUGAUAUGGUACCACCAGUAUAUGAAGAAACUGGUUUAUUUCAAUGAUCUUGCUGAAAAUUAUAUUGCCCAACGAGACCAUGAUAAGUCUGCAGAAUUUUUAAGAAGUUGGUCCAUGAAAUAUAUUAUGGGUAUUCAGAGAAAUAACGAGAGUUGUAAGCUUUUCGUUGACCGAUGGAACAGUUCUAAGUUGAAAUCGAUAUUUGAUCUUUGGGUCCAAAAAACCACAGAGCAACAACUUCAAGAUGGUGAUGAUGAUGCUUUUACUUUAGACCCUAAUUCCAGCAUGAUAAGCAAUCUGAGUCCACUAUCUAAGAAAUAUUAUGCUUCCCUUGGAGGGAUGACCCCAUCGUUAUUCACACCUAUAAAGGAGCACUCACCUAAUAAGAUCAAUACUCCAGCCAAUUCACAAGAAACCAGUCCGUCUAAGCUUCAAGAAACAGCUCAACGAUUGAAGACCGAAAGAAUCAACCGGUUAAGAGAACGAUACAGAAAUGCAAAGGCCAAUUCACCUCCAAGAAAUUCAAUAUUCAAUGUUCAAAGUCUGACACCAACAAAAGUACAAGAGGCUGCCAAUAAUAUUAAUAAUAAUACUAAGACUACUAAUUCUUCUGGUAUGUUUGGGAAGGACUUUAAUACCAGCUUCAUUCGAUUAUCACCGCCUAAAAUCAGAGGCAAAGGGUCUGAGGUUUAUAAUAAGCUCAUUGAACGAGAGAGCUCCCCUCCAGCCAAAGAACCUGUGACUACACUGAGACGAAUAACACCAAUUACAUUUCCUUUAAACGAUGAUUUGGGGUCACCGAGAUUCUCUCCUCUGGUAAAGAUAAACUCUAGACUGACAACUACGGAAUAA